AUGUCAGUAGUCGGCUUCGAUCUUGGCAACUUCACUUCUUAUAUUGCUAUAGCGCGGCAAGGAGGGAUUGAAGUGCUGACGAAUGAGUACUCAUUACAUGCUACUCCAAGCUGUGUAGCAUUUGGUCCUCAAAGUAGGUGUAUGGGUGUCGCUGCUCGGCAGCAGGCCAACACCAAUGUCAAAAAUACUAUAUUCAAUGUAAAACAGUUGAUUGGUAGGAAGUUCAGCGACCCUAUUAGUAAGCAUUUCUUGGAGUGGAUUGCUUGCGACACUGUUCAGUCAUCUGAUGAUAGUAUUGGUAUAAUGGUGAAUUACCGUGGCGAAAAGCGGGUUUUUACGCCUGAGCAAAUUACUGCAAUGAUGCUUGUCAAGUUGAAAGAGAUUACGCAGGCUGGCGUAAAGGAAUUGGCUAGAGUUCCAUUCUAUUACACGGAUGUGCAGCGUCAAGCUCUUUUAUGCGCUAUAAAACUUGCUGGUCUCAAUAGCCUUCGCAUUGUUAAUGAGACAACAGCUAUCGCAUUGGCAUACGGAAUUUAUAAGCAUGAUUUGCCGGAAUCAAGCUCGCCGCCAAAACAUGUGGUUUUUGUUGAUGUUGGUCAUUCUGCGUGCCAAGCUGCUUUGGUUGCGCUUCAUCGUGACAAACUUGUUGUUUUAAACCAAGUUUAUGAUUUCGGCUGCAGUGGGAUGCUUUUUGAUGCAGCGAUUCGGGAGCACUUCAGAAAGAUUUUUAUAGAUGAAAAGAAAGUUGAUGCAAAAUCUACUCCUCGCUCAUGGCUGCGCCUUUUGGAUGAAUGCGAAAAGUUAAAAAAAAUGAUGUCGGCUAAUAGCAAUCCCUUACAACUUAAUGUGGAAUGUUUGAUGGGUGAUCUUGAUGUUACUGGGACAAUGCAACGGUCUGAGUUUGAGGUAUUAAUCGAGCCGCAGUUGGAGAGCUUGAGGAAAAUGUUGAUUAAUUUACUAAGCUCUGUUGGACUGAAGGCUGAGGACGUUGAUGAAGUUGAAAUUGUUGGAGGUUCAUCGCGAGUACCAGCCGUGAAGAAAGUUAUUGCGGAUGUUUUCAGGAAAGAUCCAAAAACAACAAUGAAUCAGGAUGAGGCUGUCGCUCGUGGAGCUGCAAUGAUGUGUGCAAUUAUGUCUCCUGUGUUCCGAGUGAAAGAGUUUUCGGUUAAAGAAGCAUAUCCGUAUCAGAUAAAACUUUCUUGGGAAGAAAACAACAUCUUUGAAGAAAGAGACGAGUUUCCGUUUUCUAAAAUGAUUAAUUUGUAUCGUGAUAAGCCGUUCAAGUUGUUUGCGGAGUAUGGUUCCCGUGAAAUACCACACUCAGUUCGACAAAUUGGGACAUGGCUAGUGAGAAAUCCACCUAACUAUGAUUGGAACGGUAAAAAACAAAUAAAAGUCAAAGUCAGGGUCACUCGAGACGGAGUUUUUUCAGUCUGCUCUGCUGCAGCCUACGACGAAGUUGAAGUAAAAGGAGGGGAGGUAAUGGAACUUUACACAGCUGCUGGUGAACCGAUGGAAACUGACGCACCUAAAGAAAGUAAUAAUGAAAUGCAGGCGAGUGACCGAAGAGAAAAAGAGAAAGCAGAUGCAAAGAAUUCUUUGGAGGAAUAUAUAUAUUACAUGCGGGAUAAGUUAUCUGGCGACUUCUCCAACUUUAUUGAUGCUGACAGUUUCCGACAGCAGUUAACGCAGUCAGAGGAUUGGCUUUAUAGUGAUGGAGAAGAUGCAGAAAAGCAGGCAUACGAGGAAAAAUUAGCAGUUUUGAAAAAGGUUGGAGACCCUGUUCAGGAGAGACACAGAGAAUUUGAAAAAAGAGGCGCGGCUUUUGACAAUUUUGAUCGCCUUCUUCUGAGGACUCGGAAGGCUUAUGAUGCUUACUGUAAGGGUGAUCCACAGUACUCGCAUUUGGACUCAAAAGACAUGGAGAAAGUAAUUAAUGCUUACGAAGAGAAGAAGAAAUGGUUAGAUGAGCAGAGAGGUAAGCAAGAACGUCGUCCUUUGACUGAAGCACCGAUUAUUUUUCGUGCCACUAUUUUGCAGAAAUUUGAUUCCAUUGUGACUCCGAUUCUGAAUAAGCCAAAGCCAACUCCUCCUCCACCGAAGGAAGAGAAGAAAGAUACGGGUGGGGAAAAGAAGAACGGAAAGGAUGGCAAAGAAACGAAUGCCGCCAACACUGCUGGCACAGAACAAUCCCAACCUCAGCCCGCACCUGCAGAUAAUAACGCAUCAAUGGAAGUAGACUGA